AUGAACAAGCCCAAAAUCACAUCCAUGGAGGCGCGACCUCGACCAGAACUGUUUGACUUCCAUGGAGUUGGCAUGAUCAAAGAGUUUACAGAAAACUGGGACAACAUACAGAACUUCAAAGCAAGACCAGAUGAUAUUCUUAUUGCUACUUACCCUAAAGCAGGAACCACAUGGGUCUCCUACAUCCUAGAUCUUUUGUAUUUUGCGCACAUGAGUCCAGACCGUCAGACUUCCAUCCCUCUUCAUGACAGAGUACCCUUCCUGGAGCUAUGUGAACCCCCUAUGCCCACAGGUACAGACUUGGCAGACAAACUUCCCACCACUCCUCGUCUCAUUAAAACUCAUCUACCAGUCCAGUUUGUACCAAAGUCCUUCUGGGAGCAGCGCUGCAGGGUAGUCUACGUGGCCCGCAAUGCAAAGGACAAUGCAGUGUCCUACUUCCAUUUUGAACGCAUGGACAGUGGCAUGCCAGAACCGGGGGACUGGAGCACCUUCCUGCAGAACUUCAUGGAGGGGAAGAUGGUUUUUGGAUCGUGGUAUGACCAUGUGAAUGGCUGGUGGGAGAAGAAGGAGACUUAUUCAAAUUUUCACUACAUGUUCUAUGAAGAUUUGAUUGAGGACUGUGGACGAGAAAUAGACCGACUGUGUUCCUUCCUUGGUUUGUCUCCAUCACCUGAAGAGAAGGAAAGAGUCAAAGCCAGUGUGACUUUUGACAAUAUGAAACGAAAUAAAAUGACCAACUACUCCACCAUCUAUACAAUGAACCAGACUACAUCUCCUUUCAUGAGAAAAGGAAAAGUUGGUGACUGGAAGAACCACUUCACUGUGGCCCAGAAUGAACAGUUUGAUGAAGACUACAAGCAGAAAAUGAAGAAUCCUGAUCUAAAGUUUCGUUAUGAAAUUUAG